CUUGUCAGUUUGAGUCACUUGGUGCUCUUGUUUGGAUUCUCCUCACUGAAAAGCAGAUGAAGUGCAGGAUAACGGCAACAAUUUCAAGCAUGUGGACCCUCUAACCAGGACAGACAGAGCUCAAGAGCACCGUCCUCUGGCAGAAAAGAAAACAUCUAGGGAUUCUGGUGGAUUACACUGUAUCAACUUCAUAAUCCCUUCCUUUAUUGCAGGAGCCCAGUCGUCUCUUUUGUGUGUCUUUUCGGACAAAUAUUUCACGGCUCCUACUGCAAAAAAAAAAAAAAAGCAUGUCAACGAAAAUGACUUUAUAGCCCUUGACUUCUGGCAGAAAAGAAAAAAAAGCAACAAAAAGCAUGGAGGCUUCAAGUUCUGCUCAUGCAGGGACUCCCCCCUCCACACCUAUACUCCCCAGCUCCCCGACACCCUCCUCUCCAGGCUGCUUGCAGUUCUUCUGGGAGUACCAGGACAUUUCUGUCCUUGUGGAGCAUUACAAUUACACCGGCAAGCUGCAGAAAGACCGCUACAGAGAAGGACUCAAACCUGAGGGCAUUGCGUUCCUGGUGGUGUGUCUUCUCAUCGUCCUGGAGAACGCUGUGGUUCUCAUCGCCAUUUGGAGGAACAAGAAGUUCCACCUGCCCAUGUAUUACCUGCUGGGCAACCUGACUCUGUCAGAUCUGCUGGCUGGGAUUACAUACAUGGCCAACAUCAUUAUGUCCGGACCUAAUACUCUGAAACUGACUCCGUUGCUAUGGUUCCUCAGGGAGGGAGGGGUCUUCAUCACCCUGGCUGCCUCUAUAAUUAGUCUUUUGGCUAUUGCAAUUGAACGCCAUGUUACUAUGGUGACUAUGAGGCCAUACCACGGGGCGAAGCGAGGGCGGAUGUUGGCACUGAUUGGUGCAAGUUGGGCCCUGGCAGGGUUUUUAGGGGUCCUCCCAAUUUUGGGAUGGAACUGCAUCCACAGAUUGGACCAGUGUUCAACAGUCCUCCCGCUUUAUUCCAAGAGCUACAUCCUUUUCUGCGUAUCUGUGUUCAGCGCAGUGCUCCUGGCCAUCGUUGUCCUUUACGCUAGAGUUUUCCGCAUCGUCCGCACCAACACGCAGCGCCAGCGACUGGGCCUGUCAGGCAGCAUGAGGAAAGGCUUGGCGAGAAAGUCGCAGAAGUACAUUGCCCUCCUCAAGACGGUCACCAUUGUACUGGGCGUCUUCAUUGCCUGUUGGCUGCCUCUCUUUGUCCUUCUCCUCCUGGAUUUUUUCUGCCCCACUCGAAGUUGUCGCCUUCUCUACAAGGCUGAUUACUUCCUAGGAGUAGCUAUGGUCAACUCGCUCCUCAACCCCAUCAUCUACACCCUGACCAGUAAGGACAUGAGGAGAGCGAUUCUGAGGCUGCUCUGUCGGCCGUGUCUGAUGACCAGAGAUGGUCAAGUGAAGAAGAUCGGGAUGCCGUUCUUGGAGUGCAGCUUCAGUAAAACAGAGGUGGCAUCCCAGAAGCUGGAGGGGGGUCCAGAGACAACCAUCUCCUCUGGGAACGUUAUCACCACCCCGUCUCCAAUUAAGGCCCUUUACCCCAAACUCUUCAAGUCAUAAGGGCUUGGACUGACCGAUUGAGUCCAUAUGUGUGUGAAUGGGUUUCCCACUGAACAGAGGACAUGUAGCAGAACUUCUCUAGAGAGGAAGCAGAUCUGGUAUUCUCCAAUUCGGAGCACAGCCAGAAACAGCGGGCGUAUGAAAUAUUACGAAGGCACAACAAACUCAUGUUUGGACAAAUCAGAAGUGAUUCAGAAUUUCAUUGUGAAAUGAUUACAAAACAAAAGGAUGCCACUCAAAUGUGAACAAGCAAACAGACUUUUUAUGAGUAGAUGCUAAUGAUGAGUCUCCUUAACUAAUUUGCACUGAAAUAUCACAAUGAAUGGAGUAGCAGCUUGGAUUCAAUGUUCCUUUGGUUCUGUAGUUUGUGUCAAAGCAUGAAAGCAGACUUUUGUAAACCCAAAGACUCUUGAGACUGAAGAAAAAGUAAAUUUUCUGGGUUAAUGGUGAACAAGCAUGGUUGGCUUUGACCUUUUUUAAAAGCAGUUUCUUAUCAAAGUGCCUUAAAUACAGAGCAAAUAAAUGUGUAAUCUGCAUCUGCAGACACCUGGAUUUCGCUGGUUCGAAGGCCCAUGGUGUGCUAGAUUUGCUGAGAUAAAACAGCACGGAGCACCCCUGCACAUAAAUGUGUACGUGAUGCAGGGAGAGUUACAGAGAGACUGAAAGAUAACAGCAAAGAGAGAGGUGGCCCUCAAUCUUGACUGUUCUUACAGCUUGGCGAAGAAUGCUGUGGUAUAGUAGUGGGAGGGAGACGCGACAUUAAAAUCCCCUCACUGUUUUGAAAUGACAGAUGGUUAACCUAUCUGAUACCAAAUGGAAAGUUGUUGGGGUUUGGUGUUCAGUUUUAUUUUAAAUGACAGUCUGGCAUCUGCAGGAAAACAGCAACAACAAAAUGUCAUUGUAUAAUGUGAUUAACUGAGAGAUAACCAAAGGAAGGCUUUCUUUAACUGAAAGUUUAACUGACACCAAAUCAGCUGCAGCUGCAUCACUUGUAAGUAUAAGCCUGAUAAAUUAUUAUGUCAGAGCUUUCAAAUAGAGGCAAUUAAUCAUCAUCAUCCAGCUGCAGGACUUUUAAGGACAAGAAUGUGCCUGCACUUUUAAGCUUAAUCAUGUGGAAUCUGUGCAAUUAUUCCAAUACUUCCCCUCACCAUCCAUCAUGUUAGCAGAAUAUUUCCAGUUAUAGUUUGAGGUACUGAAUUUUUCUUACACUUAGUACACUUAGUUUGACAUCAGUCUUUUUUUUUUUUUUUUUACAGAUGGCAGUGUGCUUUUUUGGAAUUCAUGUAGUGAACUUUUUUUUUAUAAUUCUGAAGACUUUUCAUAUAAUUUGUAUUGUAAAUUAUAUCUGUUUUGUAACAACAAGAGGCAAA